UGCGGUGCUAAAUUCUUGGAAGGGGCCCGGAUGUACUGAGGAUGCAUUACAAUCUCACGAAAGGAGGCGGUAGUGGAAAGCAGCAGUUUUUGGUGUUUGGUGCAAUAAUGGGGAUCAGGUAAUCACCCGGAGGGAGCGAGAAACACUGCGGAUCCACGGCUUCCUCGAUUUGCGCGAAAGCCGCCGGCGGCCUCGGAGGAGGGAUUCAGCCAGACCCGCUCGCGGCUGUUGCUGCAUUUCUUCCUCUUUGUGGCUUCUCCUUUCCAAGCAGUUUUUGGCCAAUGGUCAAUGAAAACACGAGGAUGUAUGUUCCAGAGGAAAACCACCAAGGUUCCAACUAUGGGAGCCCACGCCCAGCUCACGCCAACAUGAAUGCCAAUGCAGCUGCAGGGCUCGCCCCUGAGCACAUCCCUACUCCAGGGGCAGCACUGUCCUGGCAGGCAGCCAUUGAUGCUGCCCGGCAGGCCAAGCUAAUGGGCAGUGCUGGCAACGCAACCAUCUCUACCGUCAGUUCCACACAGCGGAAGCGGCAGCAGUACGGGAAACCCAAGAAGCAGGGUGGUACGACUGCCACACGGCCACCCCGUGCUCUGCUCUGCCUGACUCUGAAGAACCCCAUCCGGAGGGCAUGCAUAAGCAUUGUUGAAUGGAAACCAUUUGAAAUAAUUAUUUUACUGACUAUUUUUGCCAAUUGUGUGGCCUUAGCGAUCUAUAUCCCCUUUCCAGAAGAUGACUCCAACGCCACCAACUCCAACCUGGAACGAGUGGAAUAUCUCUUUCUCAUCAUUUUUACCGUGGAAGCAUUUUUAAAAGUAAUUGCCUAUGGACUUCUCUUUCACCCCAAUGCUUACCUCCGAAAUGGUUGGAAUUUACUAGAUUUUAUAAUUGUGGUUGUAGGGCUUUUUAGUGCAAUUUUAGAACAAGCAACCAAAGCUGAUGGGGCCAAUGCUCUAGGAGGGAAAGGAGCUGGAUUCGAUGUGAAGGCGCUGAGGGCUUUCCGCGUGCUUCGUCCCCUGCGGCUGGUGUCUGGAGUCCCAAGUCUCCAGGUGGUCCUGAACUCCAUCAUCAAGGCCAUGGUGCCCCUACUGCACAUUGCCCUACUUGUGCUGUUCGUCAUCAUCAUUUAUGCCAUUAUCGGCCUGGAGCUCUUCAUGGGGAAGAUGCACAAGACCUGCUACAACCAGGAGGGAGUAAUAGAUGUUCCAGCAGAAGAGGACCCUUCCCCUUGUGCUUUGGAGACAGGCCAUGGGCGGCAGUGUCAGAACGGCACCGUGUGCAAGCCCGGGUGGGAUGGGCCCAAACAUGGCAUCACCAACUUCGACAACUUCGCCUUCGCCAUGCUGACAGUGUUCCAGUGUAUCACCAUGGAGGGCUGGACGGACGUGCUGUAUUGGGUCAAUGAUGCCGUAGGAAGGGACUGGCCCUGGAUCUAUUUUGUUACACUAAUCAUCAUAGGGUCAUUUUUUGUACUUAACUUGGUUCUCGGUGUUCUUAGCGGAGAGUUUUCCAAAGAAAGGGAGAAAGCCAAAGCUCGGGGGGAUUUCCAAAAGCUUCGAGAGAAGCAGCAGCUAGAAGAAGAUCUCAAAGGCUACCUGGAUUGGAUCACCCAAGCGGAAGACAUUGACCCUGAGAAUGAAGAUGAGGGCAUGGACGAAGACAAACCCCGAAACAGAGGCGCUGCAGCGGGCUUGCUUGAUCAGAAGAAAGGGAAGUUUGCUUGGUUUAGUCACUCUACAGAAACCCAUGUGAGCAUGCCCACAAGUGAGACUGAGUCUGUCAACACUGAAAAUGUGGCUGGAGGUGACAUCGAGGGCGAAAACUGUGGAGCCAGGCUUGCCCACCGGAUCUCCAAAUCCAAGUUCAGCCGCUACUGGCGCAGGUGGAAUAGAUUCUGCAGAAGGAAGUGCCGUGCGGCAGUUAAGUCCAACAUCUUCUACUGGCUUGUGAUCUUCCUGGUGUUCCUCAACACGCUCACCAUUGCCUCAGAGCACUACAACCAGCCCCACUGGCUCACAGAAGUCCAAGACACAGCCAACAAGGCACUGCUGGCCCUUUUCACUGCAGAAAUGCUCCUGAAGAUGUACAGCCUAGGUCUGCAGGCCUAUUUUGUAUCUCUCUUCAACCGCUUUGACUGUUUCAUCGUGUGUGGGGGCAUCCUGGAGACCAUCCUGGUGGAGACGAAGAUCAUGUCCCCCCUGGGCAUCUCUGUGCUGAGAUGUGUGCGGCUGCUCAGAAUCUUUAAGAUCACCAGGUACUGGAACUCCUUGAGCAACCUUGUGGCGUCCUUGCUGAACUCAGUGCGCUCCAUCGCCUCCCUGCUGCUGCUUCUCUUCCUGUUCAUCAUCAUCUUCUCCCUCCUGGGGAUGCAGCUGUUUGGCGGGAAGUUCAACUUUGAUGAGAUGCAGACCCGUAGGAGCACGUUUGAUAACUUCCCACAGUCGCUCCUCACUGUGUUUCAGAUCCUGACCGGGGAGGACUGGAAUUCGGUGAUGUAUGAUGGGAUCAUGGCUUAUGGCGGCCCCUCUUUUCCAGGGAUGUUAGUCUGUAUUUACUUCAUCAUCCUCUUCAUCUGUGGAAAUUAUAUCCUACUGAAUGUGUUCUUGGCCAUUGCGGUGGACAACCUAGCUGAUGCCGAGAGCCUCACCUCUGCCCAAAAAGAAGAAGAAGAAGAGAAGGAGAGAAAGAAGCUGGCCAGGACUGCCAGCCCAGAAAAGAAACAGGAGGUGAUGGAGAAGCCAGCAGUGGAGGAGACCAAAGAGGAGAAAAUUGAGCUGAAGUCCAUUACUGCAGAUGGAGAGUCCCCACCCACUACCAAGAUCAACAUGGAUGACCUCCAGCCCAGUGAAAAUGAAGAUAAGAGUCCCCACUCCAACCCAGACACUGCAGGGGAAGAGGACGAGGAGGAGCCUGAGAUGCCUGUAGGGCCACGCCCCCGGCCCCUGUCUGAGCUACACCUGAAGGAAAAGGCAGUGCCCAUGCCAGAAGCCAGUGCGUUUUUCAUCUUCAGCCCGAACAACAGGUUCCGCCUCCAGUGCCACCGAAUCGUCAACGACACCAUCUUCACCAACCUGAUCCUCUUCUUCAUCCUGCUCAGCAGCAUCUCUCUGGCUGCUGAGGACCCAGUCCAGCACACCUCCUUCAGGAACCAUAUUCUGUUUUAUUUUGACAUUGUUUUCACUACCAUUUUCACCAUUGAAAUUGCUCUGAAGAUCCUAGGCAAUGCAGACUAUGUCUUCACUAGUAUCUUUACAUUAGAAAUUAUCCUUAAGAUGACUGCUUACGGGGCUUUCCUGCACAAGGGCUCUUUCUGCCGAAAUUACUUCAAUAUCUUGGACCUGCUGGUGGUUAGCGUGUCCCUCAUCUCCUUUGGCAUCCAGUCCAGUGCAAUCAAUGUUGUGAAGAUUUUACGAGUGCUGCGGGUCCUCAGGCCCCUGAGGGCCAUCAACAGGGCCAAGGGGCUAAAGCAUGUAGUUCAGUGUGUGUUUGUGGCCAUCCGGACCAUAGGGAACAUUGUGAUUGUCACCACCCUGCUGCAGUUCAUGUUCGCCUGCAUUGGGGUCCAGCUCUUCAAGGGAAAGCUCUAUACCUGUUCGGAUAGUUCCAAACAGACCGAGGCAGAAUGCAAGGGUAACUAUAUCACAUACAAAGAUGGAGAGGUUGACCACCCCAUUAUCCAACCUCGAAGCUGGGAGAACAGCAAGUUUGACUUUGACAAUGUUCUGGCAGCCAUGAUGGCCCUUUUCACCGUCUCCACCUUUGAGGGGUGGCCAGAGCUGCUGUACCGCUCCAUCGACUCCCACACAGAAGACAAGGGCCCCAUCUACAACUACCGCGUGGAGAUCUCCAUCUUCUUCAUCAUCUACAUCAUCAUCAUUGCCUUCUUCAUGAUGAACAUCUUCGUGGGUUUCGUCAUUGUCACCUUCCAGGAGCAGGGGGAGCAAGAGUACAAGAACUGUGAGCUGGACAAGAACCAGAGACAAUGUGUAGAAUAUGCCCUCAAGGCCCGACCUUUACGAAGGUACAUCCCCAAGAACCAGCACCAGUAUAAAGUGUGGUACGUGGUCAACUCUACCUACUUCGAGUAUCUGAUGUUCGUCCUUAUCCUGCUCAACACCAUCUGCCUGGCCAUGCAGCAUUAUGGCCAGAGCUGCCUCUUCAAAAUUGCCAUGAAUAUACUCAACAUGCUUUUCACUGGCCUCUUCACGGUGGAGAUGAUCCUGAAGCUCAUUGCCUUCAAACCCAAGGCUUUGCUGUCAACAAAGGUUUAUCAAGAACAACAAAAUGAAGAGUUGAUGAGUCUGAGGCUGCACACUCCUCCCAGCACAGGUUACUUUAGUGAUCCCUGGAAUGUUUUUGACUUCCUCAUCGUGAUUGGGAGCAUAAUUGAUGUCAUUCUCAGUGAAACUAAUCACUAUUUCUGUGAUGCAUGGAAUACAUUUGAUGCCUUGAUUGUUGUGGGUAGCAUUGUUGAUAUAGCAAUCACCGAGGUACACCCAGCUGAACAUACUCAAUGCUCUCCCUCUAUGAGCGCAGAGGAGAACUCCCGCAUCUCCAUCACCUUCUUCCGCCUCUUCCGGGUCAUGCGCCUGGUGAAGCUGCUGAGCCGUGGGGAAGGCAUCCGGACCCUGUUGUGGACCUUCAUCAAGUCUUUCCAGGCCCUGCCCUAUGUGGCCCUUCUGAUUGUGAUGCUGUUUUUCAUCUAUGCAGUGAUUGGGAUGCAGGUGUUUGGGAAGAUCGCCUUGAAUGACACCACAGAGAUCAAUCGGAACAACAACUUCCAGACGUUCCCACAGGCUGUACUACUGCUCUUCAGGUGUGCCACUGGGGAAGCCUGGCAGGAUAUCAUGCUGGCCUGUAUGCCGGGCAAGAAGUGUGCCCCAGAGUCUGAGCCCAGCAACAGCACGGAAGGGGAGACCCCCUGUGGCAGCAGCUUUGCUGUCUUCUACUUCAUCAGCUUCUACAUGCUCUGUGCCUUCCUGAUCAUCAACCUCUUCGUAGCCGUUAUCAUGGACAAUUUUGACUACCUGACAAGGGAUUGGUCUAUCCUUGGUCCCCAUCAUCUGGAUGAAUUCAAAAGGAUCUGGGCCGAGUAUGACCCUGAAGCCAAGGGUCGGAUAAAACACUUGGAUGUGGUGACCCUCCUCCGUCGAAUUCAGCCCCCCUUGGGUUUUGGGAAGUUGUGUCCUCACCGUGUGGCCUGCAAACGCCUGGUGUCUAUGAACAUGCCUCUGAACAGCGAUGGGACAGUCAUGUUCAAUGCUACCCUGUUUGCCCUAGUCAGGACAGCCCUGAGGAUCAAAACGGAAGGGAACUUAGAACAAGCCAAUGAGGAGCUGCGGGCCAUCAUCAAGAAAAUCUGGAAGAGGACCAGCAUGAAGCUGUUGGACCAAGUGGUGCCCCCUGCAGGUG